AUGGCGGAAUGUAAGGACACCGACGUCUACAUACCACUAGAUUUAAAAGAACAUUUGAAAAAAGAACAAGAUAUGCUUGAAAGAUAUUUUAACCGGCCAGGGCAAUACCCAAUCUUGAAUAAAAACAAUGAGCCAUGUUUUGAGCACGAAGUGAGAUUAAAUGGAGACAGAAUUUAUAAGCUUCGUGUUUAUGUGAAUAGCGAGUAUCCGGAUAAGUUACCAGACCUGGUGGUGUGUGAAUCACCGGAGCCGAUGCCUAAGUGGGGUGAGCAGGGUCCAAGCCAUGCUACUCAUACAUGGCAACCUAAAUAUGGAUUUCUACAUAUCUGUCACUGGCAUUGGGCUGCUUGGACAAGAGAUAACAUGAUUUAUCAGGUAGGUCUAUGGACAGAAGAAGCUAGGGGUGCACCGGCCGGAACCCCGAUUUUUUAGAGUUCCGGUUCCGGCCGGAACUAGUAAAAAAAGCAUGGCCGGAACCGGAACUCUGUUGUUUUCAGAGAGAUAGAAUAUCAAACGUUUUUGUGUCUAACAAAAGGUCACAGUAGGAAGAAAUUUGGACUACGCAAGGGAAAUGUACACUACUAACACUUCAUUAUGACGUUUAACGCUUGUCAAUCUUUUUAUUCUAACAUUUGCGAGCUCUCUCCUUUAUGACUUGAAGUGUCUGCCUGUCUGGCAGCGGACAAAGUAACAUAUGACUAUAUAUGGCUUAAUAAAUUAGUUCCGGUUCCGGCCGGAACUUCCGGCCGGAACUUUUUUCCAGUUCCGGUGGGAUCCGGUUCCGGCCGGAACUUAAAAAACUGGUUCCGGUGCACCCCUAGAAGAAGCCAUAUAAAUGUAGCAAAUAUAUACUUAUACAGAUACACAAAUAUUCUACAUGUGUGGCAAAGGAAUGGAACUAGUCAAUGAGUCAAGUUUUUGGUUCGUUAAACCCACACUGAAAAUGAAACUUUGAAAAGAAAUACAUGAUACUCGAUUUGGUGUCCAUGUAUUUGGGUGACACAAGUCCAAGUUAAGUUGAAUAUUUUUAGUUAAUAGAGGACAUGAAAGACCAAUAAUCUGCUUUCUUCCUCUAUAAUACCACGGGAUCUGGAGGCACUUUUUAUAUGCUUUACGUAAUGCAAUCAUCGAAGUCUGAUCACAGACCCAGAGGUGAAAGGCAUGUAUGCACUUGUCUGUACGGGUAAUUCUCAUAUCCUUUUCUAUAGGUUUUCACCAAAGGAGAAGAGUGGCUAGAAGCAUACGAGAAGUAUUUAGCAACUAAGAAACUGCCACUUAAGUUAGAACAAAUGCAACUUACUGAAGAGGAACAAAGAAACGCUUAUAUAUAG